GGGGGACCAUAUGGGAUGCCGGGGAUCGAACCCGGGUCGGCCGCGUGCAAGGCAAACGCCCUACCCUCUGUGCUAUCGCUCCAGCCCCUAGGUAUUUUUCUUUUUUUAAAAAAAAUCUAUUUCUAUAGUUUUUCACUGUAAUUUAUUACAUUCAGUAUUCCCACUAUCAUUACACCUUCCAUAACCAUACUGCAAAUUUUUCCACCCCAAGCCCCAAAGCCUGCCCCCAAAGCAGGACCUAGAUAUUUUGUAUUGCUUGUUAUGGAAUAAUCCGUUAAAAAUGAUCGAAAAAUUUCCUUAGAGGAAAGUGUGAAGACUUGCAUCUCACCCUGGAGCCAUUAAUCAGCUCUUGUACAAGAGAUUAACAUGUUAAAGGUUGAGCCUUCUGUGCUUAUAUAUAUUUUUUUCUACACCAUACACAAAAUUUAAUUAAAAAUGGAUUAAAGGCAAUGAUAUUAAACCUGAAUCCAUCAGAGAGAACACAGGCAAAACUCUCCAUUAUAUUGACUCCAGGGAUGUUUUUAUGAUUCAACUCUACUGGUAAAGCAAAAACAAAAACAAAUGGAACUGGGUCAAACUAAAAAGCUUUUGCUCUGAGAUAAACUAUGGUUAAUAUAAACAGCUAUCCUAGCAAAAUGGGGAAAGUAAUUGUGCUAUACAUUUUAUCCAAAACACAAAAGUAUUCAUAAAACUCAACGAUACCUUUAAAAAAUUAGAGAAUUUGAACAGACACUUCCUUAAAGAAGGCAUACAAAUGACCAAUAGGCAUAUGAAAAACGGUAUUCAUCAUAGUUGCUUAUCAGGGAAAUGCAAAUCAAAUGACAAUAAGAUAUCAACUCACCCCACUGAGAAUGGCCUGGAUUAAGAAGACGACAGUGAUGGAGGGUGUGAUGCAGGAAUAUUUUAUGCACAAAACCCUAUUAGUAACAGUUUUGUAAACCAUGGUGCCUACAGUGAAAUUUUAAGAAGAUUUGAAACAACUGGUGUUGGUGGGUAAAAAAAGGUAAAAUAUGGUUAAAAAAAAUAAUAAAGGAUCUCACAUUCAUGGUCAUGGGAUGUAAACUGAUCCAACCUUGCAAUAUUUGACAACAGUAUUGAGAUGUCUCAAAACACUGAAUUAUAAAAUGCCAUGUCAUUCAGUAAUUCCACUCCUUAAUAUCCUAAGAACACAAAAUGCUAAUUUAAAAAGAUAAUGCUGCAUGCUGAAAGUAGGUAAAGGAAAAAACAUAACCUCUCAGUAUCCGUAUUGUAAACCAUAAUGCCCAUUUUUUUUUAAUCAAGAUUGGCUGCCUUCUACUUUAUACCCCAUCAGUGGCAUAGAGUAUGAGAUGUCGCUCCAGGAAUUCUAUAAUUUUAAAUAGGGUGAUACAGCUGCAGUUAAAUUUUUAACUGAAUAGUGACUUUGGGGUCCGGAGACAUCUCUGCAACGUCUUGCUCUCUUCCAAGAUUUAUUUGUGAGUCUCUGGAUCAUGGCCAUUAAUGAGCUUAUAUGGUGCCAGAGGCAGUUUGUGGGCGAGACUGCCAGGCUCCCAGAAGAACAGGGAGAUGGGGGGAGGUUGCCUAUUCCUGACUGUGUGCAAGCCUGGAGAUUUCGAUCACAAAACCCGCAUACCUGAGUUUUUCAGCAGAUUCAUUCAUGGAUGAGGCUCCUCCGAGCCUGUGGAGAUCGGCCAUGAGCAGGCGGCGAUUGAGUUCUGGAAGUUUUCGGCUGCCGGGUUGAGCAGGAAUAGAAGACUGUGAAACAAUGGAAGAUGUGUAUAUGGCUUCAGUGGAAACAGAUCGGGGAGUAAAGGAACAGUUACAUCUUUAUGACACCAGAGGUCUACAGGAAGGUGUGGAGUUGCCAAAGCAUUAUUUUUCAUUUGCUGAUGGCUUUGUUCUUGUGUACAGUGUGAAUAAUCUUGAAUCUUUUCAAAGAGUGGAGCUCCUAAAGAAAGAAAUUGACAAAUUCAAAGAUAAAAAAGAGGUAGCCAUUGUUGUACUAGGAAACAAAAUUGACCUUUCUGAGCAGAGACAAGUGGAUGCUGAAGUGGCACAGCAGUGGGCAAAGAGCGAGAAAGUGCGACUGUGGGAGGUAACAGUUACAGAUCGAAAAACUCUGAUUGAACCAUUCACUUUAUUAGCCAGUAAACUGUCCCAACCCCAGAGCAAAUCAAGCUUUCCUCUACCUGGGAGGAAAAACAAAGGGAAUUCUAGCUCCGAGAACUAAGUCAAUUUGAGAGAACUGUUUGCUAAAUAGUCUUCGCCUUUAAAUGUCUGUGAACUGAAAUAAGCUAUUUCAAGUAGAUUUUGGAAACCCAUAAGGUAAUUUAACACGUUUCCAAAUUACUUGAGCCAUGUAAUCGAAAUAUCUGUACUCAUUAUUUGAAACUUGUUCCUGAAAUCUGCACUUUUAUGUUGCACCUCUCAAAACAGUAAAAUAAAAUUUAGUUAGGAUAUAUACAAAUUACCCUUUUAAAUAGCUUUUCCUUUAUCACCUGUAUCAGAA